AUGUUGGACAGCUUAUUUGACGAAGUGAAGCGUAUGAACAAGCGACAGUUCAUUUACCAAGUACUUAGUUUUGGUAUGAUAGUAUCGUCCGCUCUAAUGAUAUGGAAGGGCUUAAUGGUUGUUACUGGUAGUGAAAGUCCAAUUGUGGUUGUUUUAUCUGGAAGCAUGGAACCAGCAUUUCACAGGGGAGAUCUUUUGUUUUUAACAAAUUAUCCAGAGGAGCCAGUGCGGGUUGGUGAAAUUGUUGUUUUUAAGGUCGAAGGACGCGAUAUUCCUAUUGUGCAUAGGGUGCUAAAACUUCAUGAAAAAAAUAAUGGUACGGUAAAAUUUCUCACAAAAGGAGACAACAAUAGUGUAGAUGACAGAGGAUUAUAUGCACAAGGCCAGUUAUGGUUAACAAAAAAAGAUGUUGUUGGUCGUGCAAGAGGAUUUUUGCCAUAUGUUGGAAUGGUCACAAUAUAUAUGAAUGAAUAUCCUAAGUUUAAGUUUGCUGUGUUGGGAUGUUUAGCUAUUUAUGUGCUAGUACAUAGAGAGUGA